AUCGAGUGCGUGCGCGCGCUGCGUGCGUGCGUGUGUGUGUGUUUGGCGCAGUCAUACAGUUGCAGCGCGUGUGUGUCCUGACAUACAGCAGCAUGUGAGCGCGCGCGGGCGCGGGCGCGCGUGUGUGUGUGUUGCGAGCAGGUGUUUUUGCGAGGCGUCAGGAGGAGGGACACACACACCCUCCAAAAGAGCAGCAUCACGGAGGCGGCAGGAGUAUUCGCUUUUUUCUUUCGUUUUUUGUUCUUCUUCUUCCUCAUCGUGAUCGUGGGAGGUGCUUUUUCUUUUCAUUUGCUCGCUCUGUCCGUCAUCUGCCUGCUCGUCUAUUUCUCCAUCUAUCUCAUCUAUAAUUUCUUUGGUUUGUGAGUUUUCGGAGGGACUGUGUGUGUUCUUACCUUCUUCUUUUUCUCCUCCUCCUCCUCUUCCUCAUCACCCCGCGGCUGGUGUGUUUGGUUCUAGGUAGGUUGAUUUGUGUUCACUGUAGUGUGUGUGUGAGUGUGUGUAUGUUUGCACACAUGAACACACACAUGCAGUAUGUGACGUAAAGAGAGAGAAGUGUGUCUUACCUCAGUCAGCUGUGUGUGUGUGUGUGUGUGUGUGUGUGUCAUCAGAAACACAUUAUACUCAUAAUACACUCACCUCUCACUCUCUCUCCCUCUCUUCAUUCUACUGGUCUCUCACCUGUGUGUGUGUGUGUGUGUGUGUGUGCAGUCCUUCAUAAUUCUACAUAAACCAUCAUUUCUUCAUCUUUACCUGUCUUUCAUUCAUUGAUCUGCUGCUCUUUCUGGUAUUACGCGGUUAUUCACGCGCCAGCGCUCAUCGUCAUCAGUGUGUGUGUGUGUGAGUAAUUAAUCUGUUCAUUAAUAGAGAGAGAGAGCACGUAAAGUUGCAUUGUUCCCGUGUGUGUGUGUGUGUGUGUGUGUGUGGAGCCGCGCUUCACCCCUCCAUCAUCAUCAUCAUCAGCCGUCUCUGAGGCGGCGUUGAUCAGGCUGCACGAGACCUUUGGAUGCAGCUCUUCUCUUGUGUUUCUCCUGAGGAGACUCGCUUCAUUCAUGAGUCUGGACUGCGACGCUUUUCCAGAUGAGCAAACACACGCGCCUCUUUCUGCUCUUUUACAAUUGGACUAAAUGCGGAGUGAAGCCGUUUUAGCUGAGGUGAAUGUGAACGGGACGCCGGAUCCGCCGGAGGACGUGAGCGCGCAGACUGUUCGACGCUCUGAAAACCAGGACGCUGAAGAUCAGCAGCUCCAGAGGACAAACACACACACACACACACACACGAGAACAGAGAGAGAAACUGCAGACCGACUGUGUCCACAGUAGGGAAUGAGAGCGCUACAGCAUCAUGUGGUUUCUGAGAUGGAGGAGUGAGAGUUUGGCUGAAAACACACGAGGUUUUUCUCUCCUCCAUCAUGUCCAUCUGCGUUUACCGUGGCUUAGCUCCACCCUCUCAGGAAAAACGGGCGUGGCUUUGUCAGCCAGCCCCACCCUCACUCCACUGGCCCCGCCCUUCGCUCUAUCAGCUGUUUGCCGUGUGCCUGCUGCUGCUUCUGCCGGCGGCCGUCCAAUCGCGGCGCGAUCGGGGCGGAGGGGGCGUGGCCCACUACAUCCCAUCAUCGGUGGCUCAGUUCCCACCCAUAUCCAAGCUGCUGCAGGGCCUGAGCAUCGCAGUGGUGCUGGUGGGGAACUCCAGUGAGGUGGCGCUCGCCGGCACCCGCGACAAAGACGACUUCAGCCACAUGCCGCUGGCGCCCAACGUAGAGAUGCUCACCAUGAAUGAGACGGACCCCAAGAGCAUCAUCAAGAGCAUCUGCGACCUGAUGACGGAGCACUGGCUGCAGGGCGUGGUGUUCGGAGACGACACCGACCAGGAGGCCAUCGCUCAGAUCCUGGACUUCAUCUCAGCGCAGACGCACAUCCCCAUCCUGGGCGUGAAGGGAGGAUCCUCCAUGAUCAUGGCCGCUAAGGACGAUAACUCCAUGUUCUUUCAGUUCGGGCCCUCCAUCGAGCAGCAGGCGUCUGUCAUGCUCAACAUCAUGGAGGAAUAUGACUGGUACAUCUUCUCCAUAGUUACCACAUACUACCCCGGUUACCAGGACUUUGUUACCAAGAUCCGCAGCACCAUCGAGAACAGUUUUGUGGGCUGGGAGCUGGAGGAGGUGCUGCUGCUGGACAUGUCUGUGGACGACGGAGAUGCCAAGAUCCAGAACCAGCUGAAGAAGCUGCAGAGCCCCGUCAUCCUGCUCUACUCCACCAAAGAGGAGGCCAACGUCAUCUUCGAGGUGGCGCAUUCUGUCGGCCUGACGGGAUACGGCUACACCUGGAUCGUGCCGUCUCUGGUGGCGGGCGACGCCGAUCACAUCCCGCCCGAGUUUCCCACAGGCAUGAUCUCGGUGUCCUAUGACGAGUGGGAUUACGGGCUGGAGGCGCGCGUGCGGGACGGUGUGGCUGUGAUCGCGUCGGCUACCUCCACCAUGAUGAUAGACCGUGGGCCGCACACGCUGCUGAAGUCUGAGUGCCACGGGGCGCCGGACAAGAAGAGCCAGAUCACGGGCAACAACAACGAGGUGCUCAGGUAUCUGAUGAACGUGACGUUCGAGGGUCGUAAUCUCUCCUUCAGUGAGGACGGGUAUCAGAUGCACCCCAAACUGGUGAUCAUCCUGCUGGACAAGGACAGACAGUGGGACAGAGUGGGUAAGUGGGAGAACGGCUCUCUGAGCAUGAAGUAUCACGUGUGGCCACGCUUCGAGCUGUACUCCGGGACGGAGAACCGUGAGGACGAUCAUCUGUCCAUCGUCACGCUGGAGGAGGCGCCGUUUGUGAUCGUGGAGGACGUGGAUCCGCUCAGCGGGACCUGCAUGAGGAACACGGUUCCCUGCCGAAAGCAGCUCAAAUCAGUUAAUCAGACGCGUGAACCUGCGGUCUACAUCAAGCGCUGCUGUAAAGGUUUCUGUAUCGACAUCCUGAAGAAGAUCGCCAAGUCUGUUAAGUUCACGUACGAUCUUUAUCUGGUGACCAACGGCAAACACGGCAAGAAGAUCAACGGCACGUGGAACGGGAUGGUGGGGGAGGUGGUGCUGAAGAACGCUCACAUGGCCGUCGGGUCGCUGACCAUCAACGAGGAGAGGUCAGAGGUCAUCGAUUUCUCUGUGCCCUUCAUAGAGACGGGCAUCAGCGUCAUGGUCUCGCGGAGCAACGGCACCGUCUCUCCGUCUGCGUUCCUCGAGCCCUUCAGCGCUGACGUCUGGAUCAUGAUGUUCGUCAUGCUGCUGCUGGUUUCUGCCAUCGCCGUCUUCGUGUUCGAGUACUUCAGUCCCGUGGGCUACAACCGCUGUCUCGCUGACGGCCGAGAGGCCGGAGGGCCAUCGUUCACCGUUGGGAAGGCCAUCUGGCUGCUCUGGGGUUUGGUCUUCAAUAACUCCGUCCCUGUGCAGAACCCCAGAGGAACCACCAGCAAGAUCAUGGUGUCCGUCUGGGCCUUCUUUGCUGUGAUUUUCCUGGCCAGCUAUACAGCCAACCUGGCCGCUUUCAUGAUUCAGGAAGAGUACGUGGACCAGGUGUCGGGUCUCAGCGACAAAAAGUUUCAGAGACCCAACGACUUCUCCCCGCCGUUUCGCUUCGGGACGGUGCCAAACGGCAGCACAGAGAGAAACAUCCGCAAUAACUACAGAGAGAUGCACUCAUACAUGAUCAAAUUCCACCAGCGCAAUGUGGACGAAGCUCUGUACAGUCUGAAAACAGGGAAGCUGGAUGCGUUCAUUUAUGAUGCUGCAGUGCUGAAUUACAUGGCGGGCCGAGACGAGGGCUGUAAGCUGGUCACCAUUGGCUCUGGGAAAGUCUUUGCUUCCACCGGCUACGGCAUCGCCAUCCAGAAAGACUCGGGUUGGAAGAGACAGGUGGACCUUGCCAUCCUGCAGCUCUUUGGAGACGGUGAGAUGGAGGAGUUGGAGGCUCUCUGGCUCACCGGGAUCUGCCAUCACGAGAAGAAUGAAGUGAUGAGCAGUCAGCUGGAUGUGGACAAUAUGGCAGGCGUGUUCUACAUGCUGGGAGCCGCCAUGGCUCUCUCGCUUAUCACCUUCAUUGCCGAACACGUCUUCUAUUGGCACCUGCGCUUCUGCUUCAUGGGCGUGUGCUCUGGGAAACCAGGGCUCACCUACACCAUCAGCAGGGAGAUUUACAGCUGCAUUCACGGAGUUGAAAUCGAAGAGAAGAGUUCAGCGCUGAAUUCACCCUCUGCUACCAUGAACAACACCCACUCAAACAUUCUGCGUCUGCUGCGCACUGCCAAGAACAUGGCAUCUCUCUCUGGGGUCAACGGUUCUCCGCACAGCGCUCUCGACUUCAUCCGCCGGGAGUCCUCCGUGUAUGACAUCAGCGAGCACCGCCGCAGCCUGGCUGGACACUCGGACUGCAAGGCCCCGUACCUGCCCGAGGACAACAUGUUCAGCGACUACAUCAAUGAGGUGGAGCGCACCUUCGGCAAUCUGCACCUGAAGGACAGUAACCUGUACCAGGACCACUACCUGCACCACCACGGAGGCUCGACCCUGGGGCUGACAGGACCGCCACCCAACCGGCCCCACAGCCUGGGCUCCAGCAGUUCUCUGGAGGGCGGCAUGUUUGACUGCGACAGCCUGGGCGGCGGCGGCGUGGCCCCCAUCUUCAGCACCCAGCCGCGUUCUGCGCUGACCCACAGGAACAUGAGCAAAUUCGACCUGCUGCAGAGCCAGACUCCUCCGUCUGGGCCAGGCUUGAAGCAGGGGCUGGCUGACCUGUACGGAAAGUUCUCCUUUAAAGGCGGAGCGUCCAGUUCGGGAUAUAUCGCGGGGCACGACCGGUACUGCAGUGGAGCCGAUGACGGAAACAUCCGUUCUGAUGUGUCAGACAUUUCCACUCAUACUGUGACCUACGGCAAUCUGGAGGGCAAUGCUAAGAAGCGGAAGCAGUACAGAGACAGCCUGAAGAAGCGGCCCGCGUCGGCAAAGUCCCGCCGCGAACUUGACGAGCUGGAGCUGGGAUACCGCCGCCGCCAGCACCAUGGCCACCACCAUCAUCACCACGGGCACCGCUCCGCCUCUCCUCCGUCUGAGCGCAAACGAGGCAGCCGAGUGAACUCUUCCUCAUACCUGUUACAGGACAAGGAAAGCCUGAGGGAUUUCUACCUGGACCAGUUCCGGCCCAAAGAAGGCAUCCCGCAGUGGGAGCACGUGGAUCUUACGGAUGGUCCCAGCGGGGGAGGUGGAGGCAACUGCACCAGCCUGGUGUCGGUGGACGACUUCUUGAAGAGCAAACCCAAGAAGCCGGACAGCAAGAGUGAGUGGGAAUGUCGCAGCUGUCGCGCCAGCAGUGCUGGCAGCAAGCAGACGGCCCUGCACGCAGGCGGGGCGGGCUACUGUGUGGCAGGUGGAGGUGUCGGGAGCAGUCGCCCCAGUUCAGCCACUUGCAUGCGGUGCGAAGCCUGCAAAAAGUCAGGCAACCUGUACGACAUCAGCGAGGACAGUAACCACCUGUUGGAGCAACUGACGCCGGCGCAGCGUCGCAGGGCUUUCAGUGGUAAACCGCUACGCCGGCAACAUUCCUACGACACCUUCGUGGACCUGCAGAGGGAAGAGUUGGGUGUGCCGCUGGGGUUUGGCGGGGCCGGAGCGCUGCCCCUGCCACCCCGCAGCGUCAGCCUCAAGGAGAGGGAGCGCUGCAUAGACCCCUCCAGUCCCUUCGCACACAUAUUUGAGUGUCCCGAGCAGGAUGCAGACCGAGACCCACUGUUCUACGGUGGCCUAGAGAGGGGGAAGAGCACGGGAACGCCAUUUGGAUUGUUCCCCCAGCGGCGCUCGGUUGGGGAGAGGGAUCAGAGAGACAGAGGACUCAUGGAGGGGCCAGCUCACUCCUUAUCCAAAUCCCUCUAUCCCGACCGAACCGACCACAACCCCUUCAUCCCUACGUUCGGAGACGACCAGUGUCUGUUGCAUGGUGGCAAGUCCUACUACGUGACUAAGCAGCAACAGCAGGGCGAUAUGCGCGGCCCCAUGGGCACGACCUCCUUCCUGCCGGCGUCGGCCGCCUCAGGAGUCAUGUCUAACUUGGCUCCGCGCUUCCCUGCGGAGUUGUGCAUGGGGAACCACCACACCAGCAAGCUCAGUCUCGGCCCGCCUCGACCGUUCAACGGCAGCAACGGACACGUGUAUGAGAAACUCUCCAGCAUAGAGUCCGACGUGUGAGAAAGGGAGAGGAGCGCGCGGUAAGGGACAGGGAAACAUUCUGUUAGCGCUCCGCCGCCAGAUUUUAGCAGAACACGCAGAACUUGAGAGAAUUGAAAAUGUCAUUUCCUGUGAAGUUCACGUCCACACCAAUCUCCACGAGCGGGUGAGAACAAGAGCAGGUCCAUCUGCUGAGUGUGUGCAAGAAGAAGAACAGGAGAGCAGAUGGCCGUUUCACCUCCGUCCCUCUCCAUCCUCACAUCUAACAGCCCAGUCCUGUACUCUUGUCUUUUGUGAAGAUACAAUCAUAAAAGCAUGAUUGAUUUCUUUUGAAACAGGGUAAUAACUGUACCUCAGAGACGUUGCUGACUGGUAAUCUGUUGAUGAAAUUGGGUUUCAAUUGUCUGUUCUUUUCUUGACCUUGCUCUAGAGGCCUUUGGUGAGCAUUAGGGAUAUUUGAAUGUGAUGAUCAAUCCAGUCUCCACAUCACGCUAAUGUACCCAUGGCAGCAGCCUCUCCCAUGCUGUUUACUGCCGUGACACACGCGUGCAUUAGUGAAAGUGCACAAGCCUCUGCCAUCAUUUAUACUCGAGUCUCUACUGCCGUGAUAUUUCAUAUCCAACAAGAAAUCUCUGAAAGGUGAAAAACGAAGGCUGAAAUGACCGUAUUAACGCCUCUCUUUGUUUUGGUUGUAAAUACAUUUCUCUUUAUAUAAGCCUACAAGGUUGACCUUUAAUAUAGCUUUUUCAAGUAUAACAAAUAACCAAAAUAAAGACAAAAACACAACAAAAUACACAAAAACAUAAAAUAUGCAAAAAUUAGCAAAAGCAUUAUAAUUCAUGAUAAGUGAUAUUUUAAGCGAUAGUUUGCUUUUUAAAUUCAUGUUUAUUACUUAACUCUGAUAGUUCCUAACCAGCUUCAUUUUAAGGAUUUACCUUUAUUCGUUUAGCCGCUGUGUAACAGAGCUGAGCCGUGCUGUCGUGGACAUGGUUAAUUUACUCGAUUAGUUUACCAAAUACUCCUCGCUAAGUUUCUCUUAAACGUUUCCAGACUCUCUCUUACACAAAUAAAUGCCUUUACUUCGCUGUGUGAAUGAGGACAUUUUAUGGAAGCUUGUUUUCAUCACUGAAUAAAAAAUAAAAAAGGUAAUUGCUACUUUUUUCUCACAUUUGCAAGUUAAUAUCUCACAAUUCUGAGAAAAAAGAACUGUGAGAUAUAAAGUCAAUUCUGAGAAAUAAUAUAUAUAAUAUAAAUUUACAAUUCUGACUUUAUUUCUCGCAAAUGCGAAUUUAUAUCUCGUAAUUCUCACUUGAUAACUCGUGAUUGCAAAUUAUCUCACAAUUGUGAGAAAAAAGCCAACUGCGAGAUAUAAAGUCACAAUUUUAAGAAAAAUAUUAUAAUUCUGAGAAAUAAUAUAUAUCAAUUCGCAAUUCUGACUUUUUCUCGCGAUUGUGAAUUUAUAUCUCACAAUUGUGAGAAAACAUCAGAAUUGUAAGAUAUAAUUCAAUUCUGAGAAAUAAUCACAGUUCUGGGAAAUAAUAUAAUAGAUAAUAUAAACUUUUUUAUUCCAAAUACGAGUUUAUAUCUCUCAACUCUCACUUGAUAACUCGCAAUUGCGAAUUUAUAUCUCACAGUUCUGACAAAUUGCAAUUCUGAGAAAUAAUAUAUAAAAUAAACUCGCAAUACUGACUUUUUCUCGCAAAUGUUUAUAUCUCGUACUUCUCACUUUAUAACUCGCAAUUGCGAAUUUAUAUCUCACUAUUGUGCAAAAACAUAAGAAUUGCGAGAUAUAAAGUCAAUUCUGAGAAAUAAUUUGCAGUUCUGAGAAAUAAUAUAAUAAUAGACUUCUAUUGCAAAUUCGAGUUUAUAUCUCGUAAUUCUCAAUUUAUAACUCGUAAUUGUGAAUGUAUCUCACAAUUGUGAGAAAAAAAGUCAGAAGUCAGACUUUUUUCUCACAAUUGCGAGUUUAUAUAUCACAAUUUUUACUUUAUAACGAAUUGAGAUAAAAAGUCGCAGUUACCUUAUUUUUAUGCACUUAACUUUAUUUAUUUUUUAUUCCAUGGUGGAAACAAGCUUCUGUAAGUAUCAGAGAUUUCAAUUGUUUAAAGGUAAUUAUAAAGAUACGCAUUUGCGCUUUUUUACCUCACAAAGUGUUUUUGUCAGAUUUAGCUAACAAUCGUCCUCAGAGUGUAGCGAAGUAAACGCACACAGACACACACACACACAGAUCUCCAGCAUCCGUCAAAGCAGGGCUAAUUUAACCCUUUCUAACGACUGACUGACUUUGUAAAGCUAAUUAGUAUGUUGAUAGAGUGCGUCAUGUUUUUUAAUUGUAUCGCUAUGGUGAGGUCCCGUCCUCGCUUUAGGUCUAUACCGCAGAAUAACCUUUCAUCUCCAGUUAGAGGAACUCUAACCAUGUCUUUAACCUUUCUUUUUAGAGCAUUAUUAUUAUUAUUAUUAUAUCUAAGCAUUUUAGGGUGUUUUCUUCUGGUAUGUUGAAGCCGGCGGUGUAAAUGUUCCCGACUAAUCUAUGUUUGAGUUUUCCUAAAAACACACAUAGUUUAGAUUCAGACACACACACACACACACACACACACUUCCCUACAUGCUUAUAGCUUGAGCUCUAUAUGCUUGAAAAUCACAUUUUCUUGUGUUCAUAGAGGAAUACGCCUAUUACGCAUAGCUGUAGUUAUAAUUUUUCUAGUGUACUCGCGAUAUAUAAGCAACUUUAGCGUUCUGUUGACUACUAUAUUCUCAUUAUUCUAAGGUAAGUAUAGCUGGUCUGAAGUAUUAUUCUACAGGUAAGAAACGCCCUGUCGUUUAUCCACAUCGCCGACUCCAUCUGUUAUUUCCACCAACGUGUGUGUGUGCGUGAGACACGGACUUCUAUGUUAAAUACUCUUGUUGCUAUGGCGCUGCCAUGGUGUUACAAUGCUGUUCCCAUGGUAACUGCAGUGCAAGAGGAUGCGGGCUGAAUGAGUGAAUUGUUUCACUAUGGAAUAAGAGCUACAUCCACUUUGAUAUGUUACCGAAAUUUUUACGUCAUUUUCAUCUCUGAAACGAUUCUCAAGUGAAUACAUGUACAGAUUGUGUAUAUAAUAAUGAGAGAAUUCCUCCUUUUGUAUGACAAUAUGAACACAAACCUCUAUGAGACUUUAAUAGUGAGAGAGUGUUUUGAUGAUGAUGAUGAUGGAUCAGAAUUCUUUCACAUGCUGAAUAAAGCGAAUUAAAAAAAACA